AUGGCCAAAGUGUUCUGCAGCCUCCUGCUUCUGGGAAGUACAAUGAUGACAGCCACUGCAUGCCCCAAGUACUGUGUCUGCCAGAACUUGUCUGAGUCUCUAGGCACCCUGUGUCCUUCGAAAGGCUUGUUAUUUGUCCCACCUGAUAUUGACCGUCGGACUGUCGAGCUGAGGCUGGGGGGGAACUACAUUAUCAGGAUUACACAGCAGGAUUUUGUCAACAUGACUAGUCUUGUGGACUUGACGCUUUCCCGGAACACCAUAAGCUCCAUCCAGCCUUUCUCUUUUGUGGAUCUUGAGACUUUACGCUCACUCCAUCUGGACAGCAACCGCCUAACCGAACUUGGCCCAGAUGCUCUGAGAGGUCUGGUCAACUUGCAGCACCUCAUUCUGAAUAACAAUCAGCUGGGCCACAUCUCCAAAGAGACCUUUGAUGACCUGCUGCUAACACUGGAGGAUCUGGACCUGUCCUACAACAACUUGCGGAGUGUACCCUGGGAGUCUAUUCGCAAGAUGCUCAGCUUGCACCAGCUCAGCCUUGACCACAACCUCAUCAGCCACAUUUCUGAGGGCACUUUUACAGACUUGGACAAGUUGGCCAGGCUUGACCUCACAUCAAACCGGCUCCAGAAGCUUCCGCCAGAUCCCAUAUUUGCACGGUCUCAGACCAAUGUGGUGCUGAGUACACCAUAUGCUCCUGUGCUGUCUCUUAGUUUCAGUGGAAACCCGCUUCAUUGUAAUUGCGAGAUUUUGUGGUUGAGACGAUUUGAGCGUGAGGAUGACAUGGAGACUUGUGCAUCUCCUCCGAAUCUAAAGGGGCGGUACUUUUGGUAUGUGCGUGAGGAGGAGUUUAUCUGUGAGCCACCUUUGAUUACUCAGCAUACGCACAAACUUCUGGUGCUUGAAGGCCAGACGGCCAGCCUACGCUGCAAGGCAGUGGGUGACCCCAUGCCUUACAUACACUGGGUGGCUCCUGAUGACCGACUUAUCAGUAAUUCAUCACGAGCCACUAUUUACGAGAAUGGCACCCUGGACAUCAUGGUCACCACCUCCAAGGAUUAUGGCACCUUCACUUGCAUCGCCUCCAACGCUGCAGGAGAAUCCACUGCCUCAAUUGAACUCUCCAUCAUUCAGCUGCCUCAUCUCAGCAAUGGCACUAACCGCACCUCCCAGCCCAAGUCCAGGCUGUCUGACAUCACCAGCUCUACAAAGACCAGCAAAGGGGAGACCAAACCCCAGCCAGAACAGGUGGUGUCUGUGUCAGAGGUCACAUCUGUCUCUGCCCUGGUCAAGUGGACAGUGAGCAAAACAGCUCCCAAGGUGAAAAUGUACCAGCUCCAGUACAACUGCUCAGAUGAUGAGGUCCUGAUUUACAGGAUGAUACCGUUUGCCAGCCGAGCCUUUGUGGUCAACAACUUGAUGCCAGGGAUGCAGUAUGACCUGUGCGUGCUGGCCAUCUGGGACGACACUGCCACCACCCUCACUGCCACCAACAUCGUGGGCUGCGUUCAGUUUGUGACUCGUGACGACUACCCUCGCUGCCAGUCUCUUCACAGGCAGUUCCUUGGUGGAACUAUGAUCUUGGUGAUCGGUGGUGUGAUCGUUGCGACUCUCCUGGUCUUCAUUGUCAUCCUCAUGGUGCGCUACAAAGUGAGUAGCUCUUCCCAAGUUGCCAAGCUUGUAUCAGUGAGCAACACUUACUCUCAAACCAAUGGUGGAAUGCAGGCAGCACAGUUGGUCAAUGGGGCUCCUCCACCUCCGGCCCCCAAAGCCGUAGUUGUGAUGCAUGAUGAGGUUGUAGAGUUUAAGUGUGGCUCUUUGCAAAGCAGCCUCUCUUCCACUUCCUCAACAGACUCGAUUGGCAGUGAGAAGGUGCGGCGUUAUGACCCGUGUGCCGAGUCCAGCACUGGACCUCACAGAUGGAAGCAUGCUCCAGCUAAAACAAGGGCAAAUCUAGACCACCUGCUUGGAGCUUUUGCCUCUCUCGACAUAAAAGCUCCAGCCAGGGAUCCAGGUAACCGUUCCUCCACAGGGGCCAUCAUGGCAGCCAUGGAUAUUCUUUCAGACAAGGAGCCACUGCUGGGCCGUGGGGACUCCAGGCUGGGCCGCUUGCUCAAGCUGCCGCUGGAGAACAAGCCCAAGCGCAGUCACUCCUUUGACAUGGGUGAUGUUGGUGUUUCGCAGUGCCUUAGCUACCCACAGCGUAUCAGCAACAUCUGGACUAAAAGGAGCCUGUCAGUGAAUGGCAUGCUGCUGCAGUGCGAUGAGAGUGAAGGGGAAGGAGAUAAAGGGACACUUGACAGCUCUGAAUGGGUCAUGGAGAGUACAGUCUGA